CAUUUAUGAUAGUGAUCAUUAGACUCUGAAAUAAGCUGUAAGGACUGAGCUCAACACACAAUCAAAUGUUUCCGGAGGGUAUGUUUUUAGAGUUGGACUAAAUUUGACGAAGGUCAUUCUGGGAGUUUUUGUAGUCUUUAUUCUUCUGGGCAGACGCUAGUUCUUGACAGUUCGAGUGGGUUUGUAUGCUGUCGUCACAUCUCAUCCACGGUGUAAUAGGGUUAGGGUAUAUGUAUAUAUAUAUAUAUUAUAUAUGACACACGGUACCACACUUGUGAGGCACUGCCAGUGUUUGGAGUUACAUCGCUAAAGGCGCAACAUCGACAUCACGCUAACCCUCGAAAUAUGAUGGUUGUAAUAUUAUUGAAAUAUAUCAAAUAUGUAUCAUAAUGUAAUGUUAGAAUUUGCCUGAAAAAAAUGACCAUUAAAAUCCACAUGGACGCUUGAAAUAACGCUUUUAUUUUGAAGGUAACUGUACACAUCCGGUUUUCCUGCACAUGUGUCCGUCUUGCGUAUGUCAGUAUAUAAUCGUUGUAAUUUGAAUAUAUGUGAUUAAAAAAGUACCCCUACGUAUUACAGUGAAGUGUUAUCAUGUAGUUUUACAGCCAUGACUGUUAACAUCCACAUGGACGCUUGAAAUAACGCUUUUAUUUUGGAGGUAACUCUACACAUCCGCUUUUCCCUGGCUUCCUGUUGUCAACUUUUGCUUACUGUUUAUCACCCAGUCUACAAGACUCCUCCGUGGAAGUUCUUUUUUUAACCACUUUAGAGGGAAGAAAUGACUUUUCAUCUGGGAAAUUAACAAUCUGGUUGACUGUUUACAAGCGAGCUUCCCACAAAGCUUGUCACUAUGAGAAGCAGGAGCAACUCGGGCGUGAAAUUGGACAACUAUGCCCGCAUAGUACAUCAAACUAUCCUGCAGCACCAGGAUCCCGUCACAGGCCUCCUACCUGGCAGCAGCGACCAGCCGGACGCUUGGGUCCGAGACAAUGUUUACAGCAUCUUGUCCGUGUGGGCCCUCAGCCUUGCCUACAGGAAGAACGCUGACCGGGACGAAGACAAGGCCAAAGCCUACGAACUGGAGCAGAGUGUAGUGAAGCUAAUGAGAGGAAUCCUGCAGUGCGUAAUGAGGCAGCUGGAUAAAGUGGAGAAGUUCAAGUACAGUCGCAGCACGUCCGACUCCCUCCAUGCUAAGUACAACACCAGCACCUGCGCAACCGUGGUUGGCGACGACCAAUGGGGUCACCUGCAAGUGGACGCCACCUCGCUCUUCCUGCUCUUCCUUGCCCAGAUGACAGCUUCUGGUCUUCAUAUCGUCUACACCCAGGACGAGGUGGACGUUGUGCAAAACCUUAUGUUCUACAUCGAGGCGGCUUACAAAGUGGCUGAUUAUGGAAUGUGGGAAAGAGGGGACAAAACCAACCAGGGCAUCACUGAGAUCAACGCCAGCUCCAUAGGCACUGCCAAGGCAGCUCUGGAGGCACUAGACGACCUCAACCUUUUUGGAGCCAAAGGUGGACCCGGAUCGGUGGUUCAUGCUCUGGCUGACGACAUCCAGCACUGCCAGUCCAUCCUGACCUCUAUGCUCCCAAGAGCAUCCAUCUCCAAAGAGGUGGAUGCCGGCAUCCUGGCCAUCAUCUCUUAUCCCGCAUUUGCUGUGGAGGACAUGAGCAUCGUCAACAUGACCAAGGAAGAGAUCAUCUCCAAGCUGCAGGGUCGCUACGGCUGCUGCAGGUUCCUCCGAGAUGGACACAAAACCCCAAAAGAGGAUCCCAAUCGUCUGUAUUACGAGUCAGCCGAGCUGAAGUUGUUUGAGAACAUUGAGUGCGAGUGGCCGCUCUUCUGGACCUACCUCAUCCUGGAUGGCAUUUUCAUCAACAGUCCCGAGCAGGUGCAGGAGUACCAGGAGGCUCUGGAGGGCAUCCUGAUCAAGCAGAAGGACGGAAUACGACUGCUACCGGAGCUCUACAGUGUCCCACCGGAUAAAGUGCAGGAGGAGUACAUGAAUCCUCACACAGUGGAGAGGAUUCCAAUGGGAAAGUGUCCCCUGAAGUGGGGACAGUCUCUGUACAUCCUGGGAAAGCUUCUGUCUGAGGGUUUUCUUGCCCCUGGAGAGAUCGACCCUCUGAAUCGCCGCUUCUCCACCAUCCCCAAGCCGGAUGUUGUUGUACAAGUGUCCGUUCUGGCCGAGACAGAGGAGAUUAAAGAGCUGCUGUUGAAGAACGGUAUCGACGUGGAGAUGGUGGCUGACAUCCACCCAAUUCACGUGCAGCCUUCAAGGGUGCUCAGCCACAUCUACGCCCGACUUGGUCGGAACCCGAGGCUCGGUUUGACAGGACGGCCCUACAGGAGGAUCGGCGUGCUGGGAACCUCCAAGUUCUAUAUCAUCAGGAACACCAUCUUCUCAUUCACGCCUCAGUUCCUGGACCACCAGCAGUUUUACCUGGCUUUGGACAAUAAAAUGAUCGUGGAGAUGCUGAGGACAGACAUUUCCUACCUGUCGUCCAGGUGGAGGAUGACAGGAAGGCCCACUGUCACGUUCCCCAUCUCGCAGACGAUGCUGACCGAAGACCACACAAACCUGGACCCCGCUGUGCUGGCGACACUGAAGAAACUACAAGACGGCUACUACGGAGGAGCGAGGAUUCAGACGGGGAAGCUGUCGGAGUUCUUGACCACUUCCUGUUUUGCUCACCUCAGCUUCUUGGAUGGUAAGGUUUUGGGCAGCAUGGGCCAUGACGAGGAGUAUGAUGGUGAUGCUGAAACGGGUGACGGCGAGGGAUACGUGCAUGAGUUGCGCAAUGACGAUGAGGCUGAUGACCUCGCCCAGUACCUGGACCACCUCUUGGCCCACUCGGCCCCCAAGAAGCCCAAACUGAAGGCUGGCGGGCUGGGGAAGUUCAAAGCCGUAGCAACUAAAACAAAAGAGAUGGUGACCCUGAUGAACAAAGCACAGGAACUCAAUGUGCAAGAAGUCAACAUGUACCUGCCCAAUAAGCUGUUUCGCUCCCAUCAGCCAUCACUCAAUCUGAACCUUCCGGACUCUUCCGCACCGCCAGACACUCAGGUCCCAGAGGUGACUGUGACAUCACAAAGUGGCGUGCCGCGGGAUGCCAGCGGAGCCAUCAAUUAUGAGGCACUGGUUAUGCUCCUUAAAGGCACGCAGAGUCUGCAGGACCAAGCUGACAUCCUCUACAUCCUCUUCAAGGACAAGGGCAUGGAGUGGGAUACGCACUUACACGGCAAAGGCCCCACGGUGCGUUCGCUGCUCACUGACCUUUAUGAGAAGGCGGGUGAGCUGAAAGACUGGGGGCUGAUCAGGAUGAUAUCCGGAAUGCUGAGGAAGAAGGUGGAGGAGCUGGACUCGGCCUGCUCAGACUUGCUGGCCCACCAGAAGCACCUCACUGUGGGUCUUCCCCCUGAGCCUCGAGAGAAGACGAUCACCGCUCCCAUCCCUCCGGACGAACUGGCGGUGCUCAUCGACGAGGCCAGCGACAACAACAUCAGCGUGGCCAUACUCACCCAGGAGAUCAUGGUGUACCUGGCCAUGAGCAUCAGGACACAGCCCAACCUGUUCAGCGAGAUGUUUCGGCUCCGCAUCGGGCUCAUCAUCCAGGUCAUGGCUACGGAGCUCGGCCAGUCGCUGGACUGCUCUGGGGAGGAGGCCACUGAGAACCUGAUGAGUCUAAGCCCUUCGGAGCUGAAGAACCUCCUCCACCACAUCCUGAGUGGCAAGGAGUUUGGCGUUCAGCGCAGCGUGCGAGACUCGGAGGCCGGCGUCAGUCCCGCCAUUUCCAUCCAUCACCUUGGCAACGUGGGCGCCACCAAGAGCGAGAGGGCCGGAAUCAGCAAGCUCAAAAGCGACAUGAAGAUGCUGGAGCACAGGAUGUCUCUGACAGGGCUCAGUAAGGCGGAUCGUAGAGUGUCUUUGACAGACGCAGUAAAGCCGGAGCAGAGUGUGGCAUCUCCUAGCAAGAGCCUUCGAUCUCAUUCACUGGACAUCAGCAACAUCGAGUCAGGGAGGUACAGACUUCCAUCCAUAGAGUCGCUGGACAUUCCGGAGAGCGUCUCAGUGGCGAAGGACACCAGACAUGGACAGUGGCUGCGCAGGAGGCGCCUGGAUGGCUCGCUGAACCGAGUACCAAUCGGCUUCUACCAGAAAGUCUGGAAGAUUCUGCAGAAAUGUCACGGUCUGUCGAUCGAUGGCUUUGUCCUUCCUUCGUCCACCACCAGAGAGAUGACCCCGGGCGAGAUCAAGUUCUCCGUCCACGUGGAGACGGUGCUGAAUCGUGUCCCGCAGCCCGAGUACCGCCAACUGCUGGUGGAGGCCAUCUUGGUGCUCACUAUGCUGGCCGACGUCGACAUCCCCAGCAUCGGUUCCAUUAUCCACGUCGAGAAGAUCGUACAGCUGGCCAAUGAGAUGUUCUGCCAGGACCAGAAAGACCUCGGAGCAGAGGAGCACAUCCUGGAACGCGAUCCGUCCACUGGCGUCUGCAUGCUGCUGUACGACAGCGCCCCCAGCGGCCGCUUCGGGAGCAUGACCUACCUCACCAAAGCGGUGGCGGCGUACGUGCAGGACUUCCUGCCUAGCGGUUCCUGCGCCGUACAGUGAGUUUAAAACAUUUACUAAGUUCCUGUUAAGCAUCCUGGUCUCUGUCACCUCCACCAAUGUUCUUCUUUGGUCACAGCCGGUGCUAACACGUCAUUGCUUAAAAGCACAUGCUGGAGGAUGUUCAAACACUGAUUGAGUUUAUUGUUUUAUUUAUCUUACAGUCCUCAAAUGAGUGCCUAACUCAUUAAAGCACUCAUUUAAACUCACGUUUUAAAGAUACAUGAACCUUUAAUAAUGCUGAGUUCAUCUUUAAAAAAAUUUUUUUUACAGUUGUAUGAGAGACUUAAUGGGAGCAUGUUUUUGUGAUAUUAAAACAAAUUAUUUUAAUUAUAGAAAGUUAAGUGUAGUUUACACAUAUAUUUGUCAAGGUUAGUUGUGAAUGCAGUGAAUGUUUUCCUAUAUUUGUGGCCGAGAGUCAUCAGAUUGCUGCUGUAAAAGAUUGUUUAUCUGGUUUAUUUUGUUCAACUCGAGGCAUAUUGUUGUGAUUUAGCUCUACAGACGUAAUAAAAUUAAUUAUUUUGGCAAACAUAAAAGACAAUUUUAGCAUUUC